GAUAUCCAAAUUUCUAAUCCAUUAGUGGACAUGCUAUUUAAACAAACUUUACAAACUGAUAAUGGUUAUAAUUCCAAAUUACGUAAAUCAAUGCUUUCUAGGAAUGAUGCCAUGUUACAUAAGACAUUUC